UCUCCAUUUCCGCUCUCUGAUCUUUCAUUUUCAUACCAAAUUCUCUCACAUUGCUAGUCUUUGAUUUUCAUACCAAAUUCUCCAUUUCCGCUCUCUGGUCUUUCGUUUUCAUACCAAAUUCUCAAACAUUGCUACUCUUUGAUUUUCAUACCAAUUUCUCCAUUUCCGCUCUCUCAUAUUUCAUUUUCAUACCAAAUUCUACAUUGCUGCUCUUCUACCUUUCAUUUUUCAUACCAAAUUCUCUAAUUCCGUUCUCUCAUAUUUCAUUAGCAUAGAAAAUUCUCCAUUUCCAAUAUCUGAUAUUUCAUUUUCAUACCAAAUUAUCCAUUUCCACCAUUUUCACACCUUGUAACCAAAAAAUAUGGAAUUCUUAUCUACUUUGGUGGGGAAUGUCACUGGUUGCUUGAUACAGCCAAUAGAGCGAGGGAUUAGGUAUUUAUAUUACUACAACACUAACAUCACAUCUAUGGGAAAAGAAUCUGAGAAGCUGAAGAACAGAAAAAGUGACGUGCAGCGAAGAGCAGAAGAUGCCGGGGGAAACUUACAACUCAUUUCACUCACUGGAGAGGCUUGGUUAGAAAGUGUUGAUACCACUAUUGCACAAGUGGAAGGUGUAAUGGGACGUACAGCUGAGGUUGAAAGGGGUUGCUUUUAUGGUUGCUGUCCAAACUUGAAGUCACGUUACUCCCUCAGCAGGAGAGCCAAGAAAAUUACAGAGGAGUUGACUAAACUUCAAACUGAAGGCGAAGUAAUCUCCUUUGAUCGUCGAGUUCAAAGUGAGGCUAUAUAUAGUAACAAUGGUGAGGAGCUGCACUCCAGAAAAUUGAAAGAGGAAGAGGUCAUGGCAGCUGUGAGAGAUGAAGGGGUCACUAUGAUUGGGAUAUGUGGUCUGGGUGGUGUUGGUAAAACAACACUCGCUGAGAAAAUCAGACAAAAGGCGAAACAACAAGGGUUGUUCAAAGAUGUCGUCAUGGUAACUGUCAGUCAACACCAAGACUUGAAAAAACUUCAGGGUCAGAUCGCAGAAGGACUCGGGCUGACAUUAGAAGGGGAUAAUUUGUUCGUUCGUGGAGAUCGGCUGCGUACAAGGUUAAUGGAUCAGAACAGCCGCAACCUUAUAAUCUUGGAUGAUGUUUGGGAGGCUCUUCAUGAUCUAGACAAGCUUGGAAUUCCCAGCGGUAGCAACCACAACCAUCGGUGCAAAGUGAUAUUGACGACGCGAUUCCGAAAUGUUUGUAUAGAAAUGGAAGCUCAGUGGAUCAUGGAAGUCAGAACCUUAUCCGAAGAGGAAGCAUGGUUCCUUUUCAGUCAGAAAGUUGGUGAUUUUGGCAACGAUCUUUCACUGAUUGACAUAGCAAAAGAGGUUGCCAAAGAAUGCAAGGGGUUGCCACUUGCAAUUAUUAUUGUCGCAGGAGCACUAAAGAGUAAAACCAAGCCUUCGUGGGAGGAUGCCCUUACACAAUUACGUGAUGCAGAACCAAGAAAUAUCCCUGGAGUGCAUGAAAAGGUGUAUGAAUCUCUGAGGCUAAGCUAUGACCACUUGGGCAAUAGUGAAGCAAAGUACCUCUUUUUGCUUUGUUCUUUGUUCGAGGAAGAUAGUAAUAUUCAGACUGAAGAAUUGCUUAGAUUUGGAACGGGGCUUGGUAUCUUUUCGAGUAUUAAAAAUAUACAAGGAGCAAGAAAUAGGGUGUGUCUUCUAUUAGAAAUAUUGAAAGAUUGUUUCUUGUUAUCCCAAGGUUCAGACAAAAAUCAUGUGAAAAUGCAUGAUGUGGUCCGAGAUGUGGCUAUAAGUAUUGCGUCUGAAGGAGAGCAUAACUUUAUGGACGAUAUUUUUGAUGAAAUGAGUAACCUCAAUGUCUUGAGCCUGAGGGGACACAGAUUUGAGGAGUCCAUUCUGUGUUUUCCAGCAUCCAUUAGGAGGUUGUCAAGUCUGAGGACGCUGUGUCUGAGUAAUUUAAGGUUGGAUGACAUAUCCUUUAUUGGGGAACUUGUCGAGUUAGAAAUUCUCAGCCUAAGAGGUUGUGAGUUAGAUGAGCUACCAGAGGAGAUAGGAAAAUUGACCAAGCUAAUUAGGUUAGAGUUUUGGAAUAAGAGUAGAACACUUAAAAGGAUUUCAGGAGGGGUGUUAUCAAAAUUACUAGCUCAAUUGGAGGAACUACAUAUGGUGGGAGUAGAAGGUUGGAGUGAUGUGAUCUACAGUAACCUUGGCCUUCCCUCCAAGUUGACACGGUACAAUCUUGGAACGAGUUAUUAGAAUCCAUGCAGUGAUGAUUACGACAAGAUUAUUGCUUUAGAGGUCACGAAGACUGCCCCAUUGGGUGAUUGGAUCUGCCACCUGUUGAAGGAGAGUGAACUUGUAGAGUCAAUCGGAAAGGACUCUAAUAAUGUGUUGACUGAGUUGCAGCUGAAUGAAUUGCAGAACGUGAAAUGUCUCAACCUCACUGAAUGUGAUUCAGUGACACAUUUAUUGAAGACAACACAUGAAGUAAUCAAGUUCCCCAAUUUAUAUGAGUUGAGACUUGAAUCUCUGGAAUGCCUGACUCACUUUUGCAGUGACAAUGUUGAGCACAUUGAGUUCCCUCUGUUACGGAAAAUGAUCUUCUUUUGGUUACCUGAGUUCCAGAAUUUCAGGCCUACAGCCAACAACUCAAAUCCUCUUUUUGAUGAAAAGGUUUCUUGUCCCAACCUGGAAGAGCUAUCCAUCAGCGGGAUUAACAACAUAAGUGUUCUAUGCUCUCACCAACUUCCAACUGAUUACUUCACCAAACUUCAAACAUUGCAAGUAUCAUAUUGUGGAAAAUUGAGAAACUUG